GAUGCGGACUACACGUCCCACAAUGCACCGCCUACCCUUUCCUAGCCGCCCCCGGCCCCCGCUCUCCGGAGACCCCGCCGGCGAGCGCCGCGACCCCUUCCCUUCCCGGCGCUCCGCGCGCGGCGCUCUCGCGGUGACCCGGGGAGCGUGAGGUCAGCGUGCGCCGGAGCGGCUCGGCCGAGGCGCCAUGCGGAGGGGCGAGCGCAGGGGCGCCGGGGGGCCGCGGCCGGGGUCCCCGGUCCCCGCGGGCAAGGCCGCGCUGGAGGAGCCGCCGGACGGCGCGCCCGCCGGCCGCCGCAGCACCGAGUCCGAGGUCUACGACGACGGCACCAACACCUUCUUCUGGCGCGCGCACACGCUGACCGUGCUCUUCAUCCUCACCUGCGUGCUGGGCUACGUGACGCUGCUGGAGGAGACACCGCAGGACACGGCCUACAACACCAAGAGCGUACUGGCGGUUCUGGCUGUGUGUCAGCGUGGUCUACGAGCUGUUCCUCAUCUUCAUCCUCUUCCAGACGGUGCAGGACGGCCGCCAGUUCCUGAAGUACGUGGAUCCCAGGCUGGGGGUCCCGCUGCCGGAGCGGGACUACGGGGGGAACUGCCUCAUCUACGACGCAGACAACGAGACGGACCCCUUCCACAACGUCUGGGACAAGCUGGACGGCUUUGUGCCCGCACACUUCAUUGGCUGGUACCUGAAGACCCUGAUGAUCCGCGACUGGUGGACGUGCACGAUCGUGAGCGUCAUGUUCGAGUUCCUGGAGUACAGCCUGGAGCACCAGCUGCCCAACUUCAGCGAGUGCUGGUGGGACCACUGGAUCAUGGACGUGCUGCUCUGCAACGGGCUGGGCAUCUACUGCGGCAUGAAGACCCUCAAGUGGCUGUCCCUCAAGACGUACAAGUGGCAGGGCCUCUGGAACAUUCCGACCUACAAGGGCAAGAUGAAGAGGAUCGCGUUCCAGUUCACGCCCUACAGCUGGGUCCGCUUCGAGUGGAAGCCCGCCUCCAGCCUGCGCCGCUGGCUGGCCGUGUGCGGCAUCAUCCUGGUGUUCUUGUUGGCAGAGCUCAACACCUUCUACCUGAAGUUCGUGCUGUGGCUGCCCCCGGAGCACUCGCUGGUCCUGCUGCGGCUGGUCUUCUUCGUGAACGUGGGCGGCGUGGCCAUGCGGGAGAUCUACGACUUCAUGGACGACCCGAAGCCGCACAAGAAGCUGGGCCAGCAGGCCUGGCUGGUGGCCGCCAUCACGGCCACGGAGCUGCUCAUCGUGGUCAAGUACGACCCGCAGACGCUCACGCUGUCGCUGCCCUUCUACAUCGCCCAGUGCUGGACGCUCGGCUCCGUGCUCGUGCUCACCUGGACCGCGUGGCGCUUCUUCCUGCGGGACAUCACCCUGCGCUACAAGGAGACCCGGCGGCAGAAGCAGCAGAGCAGCGGCGACCAGGGCAGCACUGCCCACGGGGACAGGCACCGGUCUGGGCGGGACAGCCCCCCGGCGCCCCUGGAGGCGGAGAGGGAGGAGGCACCAGCACUGAACUGACUGCCCGGCCCGCCAGGACACAGGCUGUCCCCUCCUCCCGGAUUCCGGCAGGAGCCUCCGGAGCAGCCCGAGGAGGCCCCGCCCCAUGGGACUGGUGUGCGUGCGGCGUGCGUGCCCGUGUGCGCGCCCUGGGCUGCUCAUCGGACAGUAUGGCGGGGCGCGCCCUGGACAGUGGUCCCUUCUUGUCUGCCCACAGGCCUCUGGGCCACCCCGAGCCCUGGCGCCUAGCGGGCCGGGCCUGGUCCCCGCCAGCCCCCCCGCCCGCGCGCUCCCGAGAUGGCCGAGACGGGCAGGUCCGAGCCGCAGCCCUGAGCCGUGUCCCGGAGCGGAGGGCAGGAGGGCAGGGGGCUGUGCCCUCUGGAAGGGGUCCUGGGUCCCUGGCCCAAGUUGGUCACCUCCACGAGCAGACAGAACAAAUAAAUGGCGAAGGUCUGAAGCUUGUGUCCUCACUGACCCCUCGCCCAGAGGGGCAGGGCUGCCCGCCUGGGCACAGGGGUCACCCGCUCUGCCGCGAUGUGCCCCUGGCGGGGCCUACAGGGGGUCAGGCCCGGGAGCUGGUUCGGGAGGCGGUAGAUGAUUUCGAGUCCCGCCUGCUGGGGAGAGCAGUGUCCUUAGCUGUUGGACUGUCUGCUCCUUCCGGGAGUUUCAGACCGAGGUGACGAACGAGAAGGCUGUGGAGUGCCGUGGCCCAGCCACCCCUCCCCGAACCUGUCCCAGCAAGCGGCCACGGGCUGCCCCACGAGAGGAGUGUCGG